UCAAUCAGAAAAAAAAAAAACAAUUUCAUUUCCUUUGUCUUCUCCAUUAUAUCUCUCUACCAAAUCUGGAAGAGAAAAAAAACAAAACCGAAGCUUAUAAUAGAGAGACGAACUCGAUUUUGUUAUAAGAUGGAUAAGAGCUGCAACUCCUCCCGCGACUCUUCCGCCGUAUCAGCCACCGCAACGAGUAGUACUGGUAACAACAAUACAGGAGGGAACAGAGAUCAUCAUUACCUGAGACAACUCAAUAAGCUUUCUCAUAAGAUAUCAAAACCAACAGUAGCCUCCUCCUCCUCGUCCGUCUCCGCCGCCGUGAAUCAAGAAACUAGUCACCAACCGCUUCCUCCUCCUCCGCAGCAACCGCCAAUUAACCACGGGAACCUCCACCAGCACCAGCCUCCUGUUUACAACAUCAGCAAGAGCGAUUUCAGAGACGUUGUUCAGAAACUCACCGGCUCGCCUGCGCACGAACGGAUCUCUGCUCCUCCGCCGAUUCACCACCCUAGGCCUCAGCAGAGUUCGCGUCUACACAGGAUCCGUCCUCCUCCUUUAGCUCACGUUAUCAACCGCCCUCCUGGCUUGCUAAACGACGCUCAUCGUAACUGGAGCGGGGGGUUUGUCCCGAGACCGACAGCGCCGCUUUCUCCUCUCCCUCCGCUUCCUCCGGUUCACGCGGCGGCGGAAUCUCCGGUCUCCUCCUACAUGCGGUACCUUCAGAACUCGAUGUUGUCUGGACCAUCGCCGUUAGCUCCUUUGGUCUCGCCUCGAUGGUAUCAACAACAGCAACAGGAAAACGCUCCGCCGCCGGAAAUCAACAGCCGCCCUCCCCAUCCUCAGUCGGCUCCGGCGCAGCAGUCGUUUGGAUGUUUAAGCUCGCCGAAAUCACCUUACGGAUUACUCUCGCCGAGCUUACUGUUAUCGCCAUCGUCAAGUCAGUUAAGGUUUCCUGGAUCUCCGACGACGGUGCCGCUUCCUAGCCCUAAAUUUAAAGGUCACUGAUCUGAUCAGAGAUGCAAACUCCUUGUCGGUCCGAAUUUUUAAUACGUCGUCGUUUUGAUCGUCAGGAUGAAAUUCCCUUUGUUCUUUUUGUACAUCAUUAGGGGUGGAUGAUGAUUUGUUUUUUUUUUAAACCUCACAAAUUACUUUGUUAUGUUCAUGUUAGAAAAACAGAAGGAAAAGAAAGGAUUACACUUUUCUUGAUCA